AUGCCUUACGCGACAAGAUCGAGUGUGAUUGAUUUUCCUAAAAAAAAAUUAGUUAGACAAAGUGUUAAAAACACUUCUUCUAAAGAAUCUGACAUCACACCGAAAAAAAAUGAAUGCAUUAAAUUUUUAUCCGAGUCUGCUAGUUCAAGUGCCAGAAAAGCAUUACACAGCUGUGAUACAAUUAUUGGAAGGCAAAAAGAAAUAGACGAACUUAAAAAAUUUAUUUCGAAACAUUUAAACAGUCAAACUUCUGGAAGUAUUUAUAUAUCGGGAUUGCCCGGCACUGGAAAAACCGCUUGCGUAAAUUAUAUAAUAAAUGAACAACAGGCUACCAGUCAUUUUCAUUUAAUUAAAAUCAAUUGCACUGCAUUUAAUUGUUCAACGUCUGUAUUUAAAAGAAUUUGUGAAGAAUUAAAAUUAAAAUGCAAAAUUAAAAAUGAAAGGCAUGCAGUGGAUUGUAUCGAAAAGUUUCUUAUUAAAAAGCAUAAAAUGAUACUUUUAAUUUUAGAUGAAGUCGAUCAACUUGAAAGUAAAUCACAAUCAGUUUUGUACAGAAUAUUCGAAUGGCCAUCUUUGAAAAAUUCAAAGUUUGUAUUAAUUGGUAUAGCUAAUGCAAUGGAUUUUACUGACAGGCAUCUACCAAGGAUUUGUAACAAAAAUCAUCUUCAGCCAACAUUGUUGCAUUUCACACCAUAUACAAAAGAAGAAAUAGCAGACAUAUUAAAAACGAGGCUUUUGAAUGCAGGAGCUGAUAAAAUUUUUGCACCAGGUGCAUUAGAAUUGUUAUCCGCUAAGGUUGCGGGGACUUCAGGAGAUAUUAGGAGAGCAUUGGAUUUAGGAAAACGAGUUAUCGAAGUAGUCGAACAAAAUCAAAUCCCAGUUUCAGAACCUGUGACACAAAGCAAUUCCCAAAAUAAAAAUGACAAUAUCAAUUCAGAUGUAAAAAAGACUCCUUUAAAAUCUGCUAGUCAAAUAGAAGGAAUUUUUAAUAAAAUGAUAGACAAUGCCAAAACUCCACCUAGAAAAAGACUUAAUUUUCUACAAAAAUCACCCAAAAAAAGUCUGAAAAAUUUAUUAGAUAAUUUUGAAAAAGAAUGUGAUUCAAGAAAUUGCAAUGAAUCACCUGCAUCCAAAGAAAAAAGUUUAAAUGUGAAUUGUGAUAGAAUAUUAAGGAAAUCGCCUAGAAAAUUAAAAAUGAUAAGUAAUGAGACUGAAUAUGAUGAAAAUUUUGCAUCUCCUAAGAAAAGAGCAAAAAUUUUAAUUUCUGAAGAAACGGACGCAGACAAAAAGUCUAUAUUUAAUGAAAAUACUGUGUUGAGAAGGUCCCCCAGAAAAUUACAAUUUGACGUAAAUGCUAUGGAUGUGUUAAAUGUAGUUAAAGGAGUUUAUGGAUCUAAAAACUUUAAACACAAUGAAGAAUCUGCAUUUCCGUUACAUCAAAAAUUAUUAAUAUGUUCUUUAUUAUUGAUGAUUAAAAAGGGGAAAAAGCAAGAUUUGAAUAUAGGAAAGCUUCACCAAAUUUAUUCAAAAGUCUGUACUAGUAAAGGUUUGACUGCCGUCGAUAAGUCUGGUUUUAUUUUUCUUUGCAAACAAGUUGAAAUGACUGGAAUAAUACAAAUUGGAAAAGGUCAAGGAAUCCUUGCCAAGGUUUCACUACAAUGGGACGAAUCCGAAGUGACAAAUUCUCUUAAGGAUCAUAAUCUUUUAGCAUCGGUUUUAAAUGAUAAUUUAAAAUUAAUUUAA